GUCAUGAUUUCAUCAUGUUCUCCGAAACUUUGGAACUGUCCGACGUGUCGUCAACGUUCUAUUUUACUCAACCUUUUGUUCGUUCUUUUUCCAAGUAUGUUUAUUCUUUCGCGAAAAAUUAAGUUUAUCGUUAAUAUUUGCCUGUAAUACUCUGCUCGAAAUUCCAGAAAGUUCUUAUUUACUCAAAUGCAUUAAAUAUACUUAUGUUGAAUGAAUAACAUGUUCGAUAUGAGAAAAUAGGAGUGAAAAUAGAAAGUGGUCAUUUUCAGAUACGUAGAAACGGAGGUUAGAACGUAUAUUUUGCUUUUAACGUUCAAUAAGCAUUAUUAGAGCGAUCGAUUAUUGAAUUUUUCAAAGUAACUUUCUUGCAAACCUUCUGUAUCGAUAAAUUUUGGUAUGUUGAUAUCAAAUCCUGUAUUUUCACCCUUAAUUUGAAAUAGACAACAAAAUAGAGAACAAAUCGUUGCAAGGGAUAUGAGCACGCCAUAUAUAAUUAUGAUGCAUCGAAACAGUUCGGAAACACUUCUCCUUGAGUCGCUGUGUAAUACCACAGGCGAAUCAAGAAGAUCUGCUUCACUCGUUCAAGAGCUAUUCCGACGUGGCGAUGUUUCAUUAUACAGUACCGAAGGAGGUGUUUCGAGCUACGUGGCAAUUUGCUGCUUUUAUGGACGAUCCCACGUGCCAUCCACGAAAAGUUUAUAUACACAUCAAGUUUGGUAGUUAUCCAGUAAUCUCCACGAGUAAUGGAAUAUUUUUGACAAACAAGUCUGCCAAAUGGAAUGACGAUAUCGUAGUCCGUACUACCACUAGUUAUCAGCCAAAAAAUGUAACGGUUGUUCCAGUAUAUGAGCCCCAACCCGGAGAUUGGUUUGUGGCAGCUUAUAUGUCUUAUUGGGACGAGAGAGUUCAGCAACAGGGACUCGGACACAAAUGUCGAUACAGCAUAGGUACGGUAGCGCUGUGGUCUCAAAUAGAUAAUAUUAAAAAUAUCCCCAUUAAUCGUCCAACGAGAUUACGAACAACCGCAACGACAACAUAUUACAAGAUAUAUAUUCCGUCAGGAAUAUUGAGUUUCCGUUUGUCAGUCUGGAACUGCACCUUUACGUUGGAUAGUUUUCGUAAUAUUGAUAAAUUUUGUAUCGAGGCUAUGUAUUUGAAGGGACGUGUUUUGCCAACGUCUAAUCAUUUUCAUUCCACGGAAUCUAAAACUCUUGCCUCAAAUGCUAGUUACUCUUUCAUAGAAUCUUCUCCUUACGAAGAUAGCUAUUAUUAUUUAUUGAUUGUUUCGAGUAGCAUUACAGAGUUCAACGUCAAAGUCGAUGUAACAGAGUGUCCAAUCAGAUUGACAGUAGAGAGAUCGUUUACUGAAGAAUACAUGGACAUCGCUUCAAGUUUUAAUUCCAUAAUAGGAACAAAUACUUACGAGGAAUUAAUAAAACACAAGUGGUAUUAUAAAGAAACCAAUGCUAGCAGAUUUUACAAUAGAGAUGACGUUUACCAAGAAAAAGGCAAAAACGAGAAAAGUGAGACUGAUAAUCAAUGUAUACCAAGGUAUCAAUUGGUUCGUGUUAAACAUGCGGAGACAUUCUCAACCGUUUAUCUUCUGCAGGGAAAGGAGUGGUUAAGUUCGAAGCUAAUAUUAACUGAUUUAGUCCCGAUGAUGACGCAGUUUGAUAUUUUGCCGUUGAUAGAUAUUGGUGGUACACUUGACAUCGGUGUACAUCUGGAAGUAAAAAAGCUGCCGUCGACACACGCGGUCUUGGUAACAAUGUGCGUUCAACGAGGUCGUAUACCCAAACUGGAAAACCUUAAAUCUUGUCAAAAUGGAACUUUAGCGAUAAAUUUGUCAUCGUUAAACAAGCGCAACGCAAGUUUAUUAAUAGCGUAUCCACAACCAGGCACAUGGUACAUUAUUAUUCUUGCUACAUGUUAUACGUAUGGUACACCUGUACCCUGUCAAAUCGAAAAAAUGUCAAUACUACUGAACAUACAUACCAGAAAGUGUACAUUUUCUGACCAAAGUCCUUGCGGUAAUCACGGCAUUUGUCAAGAAAUUCAAAAGAAUAUCCUUCAUUAUGCGACGUGCACGUGUUUUAAAGGUUACACAGGAUGGGAUUGCACCGAUAUUUCGAGUACCGUAUCUGCUAUUUCUCUCAUUAGUGCCAUGCUGCUCGUCAUGAGCAAUAUCUUUUUCGUACCAGCCAUAUAUAUAGCCGUAAAACGAAAGCUAUAUGCAGAAGGGCUGGUGUACUUGGUUACCAUGCUGUUCUCGUCUUUGUAUCACGCCUGUGAUCAAAGUGACGGACAAUUUUGUAUUACAAAGUACGAGAUUUUACAAUACAGCGACUUUUUUUCGAGUAUCUUGGCAUUUUGGGUGACAUUGGUAGCAAUGGCGGAAUUACCGAUUGCUUUUGUACCAUUGUGCCAUAUGACGGGAGUGUUUAUAAUCACUUUUGGGAUGCAACGUGACAGAAUGUGUUUAAUCAGUACAUCAAUACCGCUAUCAUUGGGUAUUAUCAUACCGCUUCUGUUACAGAUUUUUACACACACUUACCGUAUUUUUCAAUCCAAGAAAUGCAAAAAACCAAGCAAAAGGAUACUAUUAGGUUUGCUCUUUGCUAUUACAGGUUUAUUACUUUACUCUUUCAUUGAAACGGAGAAAAACUAUCAAUACGUUCACAGUGUUUGGCACAUUAUCAUGGCGAUAUCGCUAAUAUUCCUGUUGCCACCGGCAAAAUCGCAACACACUACAUCAUUGACAAAUACUUCAUUCAACGAUGAUAGCGAAUCAUGGAAUUGGAAAGAGUCUUAUAGGAUCCCCACAUUUGCGAUAAUUGAUCAGGAAAAUCGAACGAUCGCGUCAAAUUAAUAUAUCAUGUCUGUGAAACAGC